CUCUUUCAUCUAAUCGAUAAGUUACUGUUUUACUCGUUGUGCUGCAGUUAAAGAAUCUUGGAGCGUUAUUUUGCGUUACAAUAGUUCAGUUUGAAACGCAGCUCUGGAGAUUGUACUGCUUUUGAAAUUAUAACUUGUUCGCGUUUGAAGAAAUAAUUGAUUUGAAGACCCAGCAUGUCAUCAACAGUCCUCUGGGCCGCCCAGCUGGACUUUUUCUGUUCCCACGUACUCCUCAUUCCAGAUGCGAGAGAUUUGAAGAGGAGGGACCCGGUGGCACUGCUGCACCUGCUGGCCGAGAGGAUGCACAUCAGGUGUCCAUUCAACAACAUCUGGGACGCCACCAACAGCAUGUUUCUAGGAGACAAGCGAUUCAAGGUCGCUCCCUACCAACUCUACACUUCCCCUCUGAUCACUCGACUGCUCCUGGGUCAAGGGGGCACAUGCACUAUGCUCAGCACAAUUUUAGUUGCCCUAAUGAAACAUCUGGGCUAUGAUGCGUACAUGGGAAUGGGAAUCACCAGGAACAAAGUGGGAAUGGAGAUGUUGCACUGCAUUGCGCUGGUCAGAACUGUCACUGGAUCCGAUGAUGUUUGGUUGAUAGACCCUGGAACGCGUCUGGCACCCCUGUUCCAAGCAGUACCGUUGCACAAAGUCAAAUCUCAGGGAUCUGUAGAACUAGGACGGAGUUCGUUCGUCAUGAACAAAUUCGUUUACUCUCACGAUACUAACACAUAUUUCCGGUACUAUAAACAUUUGGGGGAGGGUGACGAAUACUCAAUGUUCUACGAAACAGACGAAGAAGAGUAUUGUAUGAAAACUCCUGAUGAUCCUGGAGUUUUAGACUUCACACAAGUUGGAACGAAGAAACGAUUGGUCGAAUACUUGAAAUGCCGCCAGCGAUCCAAAAUAGAUGUCGGUGCGUUUUGGGAGCAAAAUUUCAUACUGACUGGUUUUAAGAAUGGAAAGGCUGUGGUUUUUGUGAAUAAUAAACUGCGUCUUGAAGACGAAAACGGAGUUCUACAAGAGUCAGUUUUAGAGUCAAAAGAACAACUUAAAACUGUUCUAUUUACCAAUUUUCCUCUGUUGAAAUGUCCAGAAGCUAUGCUUUUUAUUGACAGUUUGUGGAACUCAAAGUAUGGAGCACAUUUGUAAAAUAUACUUUUAAAAUCUAUAUUUUCUGUAGGCGAUUUUCGGCACAAUAUAUUUUUAAUUUUCGCUUGCUUUGAUAAAACAAAGUUAGGUUCUUCUGAGUCGAAAAAAAAACAAACAUUCUUUAUCAAGGUGAAUUAUCAUGGUGUGCAAGAAGUUGACGAAGAAGAACUUCAAAAUUCGUCAUUUUCUGUAACGUAUAUCUAAAACAAAAUAAAUCAUGUUAAAAAUUUUUUGAAAAUCCAUUUUCGCUUAGCUUUGGGUGGAUAUGCGUGUUUUUUGGAUGAUUCCGAUUCGUGAAUUGAUUUAACGCAUUUUGAUUUUAAAUUUUGAAAAUUGUUUACUGAUAUCUUGAUUUACCAAUGAACAUUAUCUAUAUACUCAUAUCAAAUCACUGGGUUUUGGCCAUUUUUCAGCGAGAAUUUUUGUUAUUUUAGCGUUUUUUUUUGU